AGUGUGAAGGUGAAUACUAUGAAGUACAUGGAAAUGCUUGAGGAGAAACUGCACAGCUGCAAGUGUCCGCUGCUUGGAAAAGUGUGGGAAGCUGACUUGGAAGCUUGUCGGUUGCUUAUCCAGAGCUUGCAGCUCCAGGAGGCCAGGGGCAGCCUGUUUGCAGAUGAGAGACAGAUGGAUGACUUAGGGGGAGGUGCUUAUACAGUGGCUCUGGCCACCCCCCUGAGGUCCCUCCCUGAAGAGGAAAGGAAGACCCCUUUGCACGCCUUUGAAGAGUGGAUGGUGCACCUGACUCCCUCUCCUCACAGUGCUAGCAGUGAACAGAAAGAGGAAUCCUACAUCUUUUCGGGAGAACUUGGAGAAAAAUGUGAAACUAUAGGCAAGAAACUGUUGUACUUAGAAGAUCAACUGCACAUGGCAAUCCACAGUCAUGAUGAAGAUCUCAUUCAGUCUCUCAAGGGGGAGCUCCAGAUGGUGAAGGAAACUCUCCAGGCCAUGGCCCUGCAGCUCCAGCCAGCAAAGGAGGCGGGGGAGAGGGAGGCUGCAGCUUCCUGUGUGACAGCUGGCAUCCAGGAAGCACAGGCCUGAGGCCUGACAGGAUGGAGGAAGGAGUAGUGAUGCUCCUGGCUUCAUUCGGAUCCAUGGACAGUAGACAAUCUUUGUCAUUUCCUGAAGUCACACUGCCAUUUCCGAAGGCAGCUGGCGCUUUGCUCAGCCUCUCCCGUGCAGUGCUUCCGUCAGGAGAUGGCCCUGCUUAAGCCAGCAGGUGGCCACGGUCCAGGGAACAAGCGAAAGCACAGCAUGUGAAUUUCCUGACUGUAUUUUCUACAAUUUUCUGGUGAGCACUUAAAUAUCUAUACUAUACAUAUUUUAGUAAGAAUAUAAUUAGUUUGUCCUAGGAAUGCUUUUCAAUGUUUUUCAAUGAUGGAGCGAAUUCUGAAUUAUUUAUCAUGUCUAAGCAAUAUUAUGUACUAGUCACAUGGCACAUGGAAUUCCUGAAUCCUUGAAUUAAUUCCAGUGAAGCAAAACUUGUGGAGUCAGAAUUGUCUCUAAUGAAUCCCUACUUUGAGAAGUGUCAUCUUAAAAAACCCCACGAGACAUUUUAGCAGUCACCUAACACAAGAGUUUUGUAUUACUCAGGUACCAUCAUGAAUAAUUCUGUGAGGUUAUGAUGUAUCUGAAAAUUCUGGAAGCUAAUGACUAUCUGAGUGUGCCCCAAAUAAGUGUUCUCCAGUGUCCCAGUGGGCAGCAUAUCCAUCUCCUUGUUGAGAUGCCAGAUCAAGGUGGGUGAAUGAUGUUUAACCACCUGCUGCAGCUCAUCCCUGGUCUGUGCUGGUGUCAGAGGCAGCCAGGAACCCUGCACAAGGCCAGGGUGUUUCUUCUGCCCACACGACCUUCUCAAACACCUCUUCAGCCACGGUGACCCCCAAAAUCCCAGGGCUGUAUAUCCGAAACCAUAAUAGAGAGCAGUUUCUGUCAGGGCAACAUAAGAGGAGAUCAGAGUUUGAAUUUAAAAGCCACAAAGCAAUAACAAUAAAAAUCUAAGCUUUUAUGGAGACGGUCAGGACCACAAGCACACAUGCAGGUGGGAAAUGAUGGCUUUGGGUCUGAUUCCAUGGCAGCAUGCGAGAGAACCAGUGAUAGAUUCCAUGGUAGCCUGCACUGAGCUGCUGGCCUCUGAACACCAGCCAGUUGUCUCUACCAGCCCGAGCUGGGGCCUGUCCUCCAUCAGUGACUUUCCCGGCUCCCUCUAACUUCUUGACAUUUCAUCAUCAAAAUGAUCUUCCUCAAAUCAGAUGAGCAUGUACUAUUAGAAACUAUUCUUCCUGUGUGGUAGGGGUGGAUCCCCCACCACAGGAGCAUGGAAGUGCUCACAUGUGUGUGUUGGGACAGUUCCAACACCUUUAUAAUCAUAUCAUCUUAAUUCUUAGUCCAACCUUAUGGGGCAGGUGUUUGUAGUUGAGGAAAUUGAAGCUCGGGAAACUGAUGAACAUUACGCACAGCACAGAGCAGGCAAAUGGGGUCCAGAAGCAACAGUUAGACUGCUGAAGACAGGUAGACCACUCCUACCUGUGUUCUUACUGAAGUGCUUUUAGUGUCUUUGGGGGACUGCAAGCCUAGAGCUUGCUUGUUCCCUUCAGAAUAGAUGGUCAUCUUGGAACUCCUGCUUGAGAAUCAGAGAACUGAGCCUAGGGGAACCCUGGCUCCUCACACCCCGAGUUGAGCCUCACUGCACUGUGACCGUGAAGUCUAGACUCAGACAGGCUUCAAGGACCCACCAUCCACCACUCUCCUAAUCCACCAUUCAUUCCCCAUCCCCUAUAACGUCAUGCCAGGAACAACCACCUACUCCCUGACAAUAGGCAGAUUUUCUUGAAAAUGUCCAUCUAAUCGGUGUUUUUCAGAAAACAUUAGAGAAAGCAGCUUUACACUCAUUGUCUAAUGGCUUACAUUAAGAAAUAAUUUGAUGCUCUAAUUUUGAAUACCCUUAUCUUAUCUAAUCUUUGAAUUUUGUCAUGUAAUUUAUUAUUUCAUAAAAUUUACUUUUUAUGUGUUAAACUAAAAAUGUUACCCAAGUCAUUGGUGCGCCUUUAACAUUUUUUUUUUAUCUUCUGGAGUAUGGAGGAUAGAAAAAUGUAUCAGCUUUACUCGUCUCAUCUUUCUGUUAUAGGAUGAGUCAUGUAUUUACAUUGCGCAAAAUGUUUCUAAUAAAGCAAUGCUUUAAAAGUGUGUAUGUGUUUACUUUCAGAUAUUCACCAGUCAGAAAAUGAUGGAAUUUUAUAUUCCAGACCCUUUGAAGAAAUUGAAAAUAGCAUUACCAUUAAGUGGGGAACAGGACAGAGUGCCCACUAACAAC